CGGGGCUCUGUUCCAUUCCUGUAACAGCAUCGAGAAUUGGCCGAAGAAAAUGGAGUCGGGUCGGGCCGGGCUCUUGUGGGCUAUCGGAGUGUUUCUGGUUCUCAUCGGCGGCGGCGGAGCUGCGGCGGCGGGGAGAGUAACGUACGACGGGAGGUCUCUGAUUAUCGACGGCCAGAGAAAGCUUCUCUUCUCCGGUUCCAUUCAUUAUCCUCGCAGCACUCCCCAGAUGUGGCCAUCAUUGAUAGCCAAGGCAAAGGCAGGAGGGAUCGACGUUAUCCAAACUUACGUUUUCUGGAAUCUACAUGAACCUAAACCGGGACAGUACGAUUUCAGAGGAAGAAAUGAUUUGGUGAAGUUCAUAAAACAAGUACAGUACCAAGGUCUGUAUGUUUGCCUACGGAUCGGACCGUUCAUAGAAGCCGAAUGGAAUUACGGUGGACUCCCGGUCUGGUUAAGAGACGUUCCCGGUAUUGUGUACCGGACCGACAACGAGCCCUUCAAGUUCUACAUGCGAAAUUUCACUACUAAGAUUGUAAAUUUGAUGAAAUCGGAGGGCUUAUACGCUUCUCAGGGAGGCCCAAUCAUACUUUCUCAGAUAGAGAAUGAGUACGGGAACGUGGAGGGAGCUUUCCCACAAGGAGGAGCGGCUUACGUCAGGUGGGCGGCCAAAAUGGCGGUCGGGCUUCAGACCGGAGUGCCUUGGAUCAUGUGCAAGCAGCCCGACGCCCCCGAUCCCGUUAUCAACACCUGCAAUGGGAUGAGAUGCGGAGAAACGUUCUCGGGGCCUAACUCGCCCGACAAGCCGAAGAUGUGGACCGAGAACUGGUCAUCCUUUUUCCAAGUUUUUGGAGGAGAGCCGUACAUAAGAUCAGCAGAAGACAUCGCCUUCCAUGUCGCCCUUUUCGUCGCGAAGAACGGUAGCUACAUCAACUACUACAUGUACCAUGGAGGAACAAACUUUGGAAGAAGCGCGUCGUCGUAUUUCAUAACAGGAUACUAUGAUCAGGCUCCUCUCGAUGAAUACGGUUUGGUAAGGCAGCCCAAAUACGGCCAUCUCAAGGAGCUUCACGCCGCCAUUAAGUCUUGCAUGAAGCCUCUUCUAAUGGGGAAGCAUACGCUUCUCUCUUUGGGCCCAUUACAACAGGCUUAUGUCUUUGGAGACGCUACAAGUGGAUGCGUCGCCUUCCUGGUGAACAACAAUGCCGCUAAUGUAGCUACCGUAACGUUCAGAAACAAGGCGUAUCGGUUGCGGCCCAAGUCUAUCGCCAUCUUGCAGAACUGCAGAACCGUGAUUUUUGAGACAGCAAAGGCUAACGUCCCCAAGAACACAAGGGUUACAACAAUGGUCAAGAGGUUUGAUGCUGCGGAGACAUGGACAACAGUUACAGAGACUGUUCCGGGAUUUUCAGACACAUCGUUUAGGGCAAAUUCUUUGUUGGAGCACACAAACUUGACUAAGGACACAACUGAUUACCUUUGGUAUACGAUCGGGUUUAAUCCGAAAUCGCCUUGCGUCAAGCCCGUACUUCACAUUGAAUCAUUGGGGCAUGUUGUUCAUGCAUUCGUCAACAAUGCACGGAAAGGAUCUGGACAUGGAAGCCGGGACAUCAAGGUAGUUAAAAUGGAUGUUCCAAUACAGUUAACAAGAGGACAGAACAACAUUUCCAUACUCAGCGCCAUGGUUGGCCUCCCGGACUCGGGAGCUUUCUUGGAGAAGAGGACGUUUGGGCUGAGGAAGGUGCAAAUGAUAUGUUCAGGGGUAAUAAAGUACGAUUUCAGCGGAUCGAAAUGGGGUUAUCAGGUGGGUUUGGUCGGGGAGAAGGUUGGGAUUUAUGACAGAACUAACGUUAUGAAUGUGAAGCCACUCAAGUGGAGCCCGAAGGGCGUUGUCCUCAAGAACCGCCCUCUCACUUGGUACCAGAGGUGGUUUGAAACACCGAAGGGAGACGAUCCAUUGGUAUUGAACGUGGGGACGAUGGGGAAAGGUGAAGUUUGGGUGAAUGGACAAAGCAUCGGACGGUAUUGGGUCUCUUUCCUCACUCGUGCCGGCCGGCCUUCUCAAUCCAUGUAUCAUAUUCCGAGAGGAUUUCUCAAAGAUUCGGGGAAUCUUUUGGUGGUAUUUGAAGAAGAAGGCGGAGAUCCUCUUGGGAUCUCUUUGAGCAGAGUUUCUGUUAAUUGGUCCUAAUCAAUCAGCACCUUGAUCUUUCUUUCUUUUAGGUCCAUUCAUUAAAAAAAAAACGCGGAAAUUGUUUAUUUAAUCUUUUUUAUG